UUAAUCCAUCAGAUGGCAAGCAAUUGUUUGCUCGAUUUAUGAGAAAGUCUGGUAAAAUUUCAAGUUUUCAUAAAGUUUAUAAAUUAUUUUAAAUGAAAUGGGAAAGAAGUUCUGCUACUCGGAGAAAAAGACCCUAGCGCAUAUCGAAAAAAACCCGAUUCGCCAGGGAGGUCGGGAUUCUCAAUUUGAGAAGGGUCAGCAUGGCGAGAAGGAGGAGGAUGAUGGCGGUGAGGCUAUGGCUCCUAGGAACUCCGCAAAGACACCGCAGAAGUUGGGAGUUCUGAAAAACCUUGCCAAUGGUUACUUGAAGUUGGUCAACGAAAUCGAGACCAACCUCUGCCUUCCAGCGCCUCCUUUGCUCGAAGCUAAACCAGAGCGUGAGUUGGGCGGGGCAAUCGCUGGAAAUUCCCAAGCCGAGGAGGAAAUAUCGCAAUCUUCUGAGGAUACCACUCAUUCAGGAAUAGGCUUUGUGGAUUUGUAUCGGCGCAGUCUACAUUUCGAGUGCUUGGGAAUUCCACUCACUUCCCUAGAGCUUUUCUCCAUUGAAUGCCAGAAAAAUGAAGAACUAGAGGGAAGAAUCAUGGGAGGCCAUCGAGCUGACGCUGAAGGGCUGCAUUCAUUGAAAGCUUUAGAUGAGCGCUUGACCAAGAACACUGAAUGGGUUCCUAAAAAAAAUCUUUCGAAUAGAGCUGAUUGUCAUCCAUACGAAUGCAGAAACACCAAAAAAAAUACUUCUGAUUCGAUUUUGUUCCCGGGGAAAUCCACAAAACUGAAGCCUAUGCUAAACAUGCCAACUAAAACUGAACUGGAUGAGGAAACGGAAGCAGUACUUGAUGAGGAACAUGAAAAUCAAUUUUCCACGAUCGAGCUAUAUCAUCAUUCGUCCAAGUUCCAGAGUCGAUCUUCAUGGAAAAGUACCAAUAAAAAAACAGCAAGGAGUUCUCCCGGUUCACAUUUUGAGUCAGAUCUAAGCUCCGUUCGUUCAACAGAGAAAACAGCAGUCCAAAAUCCAGUUGAUGAGGUACCAUCCAAAGGGUCCGUUCAAUUACCAAAACAAUCUUAUAAAUGGGGUAAAUUACCAGCUAAAAGUUCAAGCAAAGUUCUUGGUGCCAAAAAGAAAUCGGCAAGUCCAGAAAAUCGUCAAGUCCAUGACUGCAGUGAAAUGACCAGAAAAAGAUGGCACAACGAUUUUAGAGACUUGGGUGAGCCGAAUUCGUCUAGAUCUAAUAAGAAAACCGGAAGUACCAAGGUCAAGGGAUCAUCUUCACGUUGGCUGCCUUGUAGGCCAGAUUGUAAAUCGAAUACAUGUAGAAGAUUACAUGCAGGCUCAGAACUCAAGGCAGCCACACCCUUGGCGUUCGAGUCCCAUUUACGUGGAAGUGACAGUGAGGUGUUUGGGGAUGCACCUCCUCUAUUAGAGGAGCUAAUAAAAAGAAAGCCAAAAAAAGAAAAGAAGAAGAAGUCUAUCAGCCCGAUUGUUGAGUCCGAUUUUGAGACAAUGGAGCCUCUGCGUUCUAACGAUACCUUCACGGAGGCGUGGAAGAAUUCGCACUUGAAAAGGGGCCAACGCCACCAAGACCUACGGAUCGGCGGGUUUUAUAGUCGGGCCGAGAAGCUAAAGUUCCAGCCCAUAGAUCGCCUGGACGCGGGCGGUGCUGGACUGCCGCUGUUCAGGAACUCGGACGAGUCCCUGGAGCGGACACAGUUCUUUGUGACCGAGUUCGACAAGCUGAGUCGCGCUGAAAGGAUGCAGAACAUAGAGUUUCGAAUAAGCCAGUUGCGGUGUCUGCAGGCCACUUCGGAUCAGCAAUAUCGCCAGCACUUCCGCAAACAGAGGAUUGAUUUCAAGAGGGUCUUGACUAAAUCGGCGCAGUUUGCGUGUCCUUUGGGACACGACGAAUGUCCGGCUGUGAUGAACGCCACUCUACUGGCACACGUCGUAUCCCGCCAUUUGGAUGAGCCGGGCAAGGAGCUGCGUGAGGUUUUCAAUGGCGAACAGGUGCUAAUGGUCUUCACUCCCAUGGCCUUCCAGCUGGGCAAGACUGAGUGCAUGGCCGUGCUGAGCUACGGGGGCAUCCGGAAUAAGCCCUGCACCCUGCCCGCCGUCAGAUUUAUGCCAACCCGGAACAGCUGUUUGCCAGAAGCCUACGCCAAUUUCGACGCCCAUUUGCCCCUGCUCGUGAUGAUUAGUAGGAAUCGCCUGAGUAGCGUAGAAGGCAGAAAGGUGCGGUUCGAUGGACUAAAAGACGAGGACACCCUCGCUCUGUGGAUGGUCACUAGAGAUCUGCCUUGCCCCAUCCACGUGAUGAUGACCGUAAUCAACCGACGACUAGACAUCACCAGAAGCUCCAUCAUGAAGGUCCGAGGACUUCAAAAGUCGCACGAUCCUCUCGACUUUAUGCUAACAAGCAAAAACUAUAUGCGACUCACCGAUCACGACUUGCGCGUCCUCACCAACGAUCAUACAGAGCCCAUUUAUAUGGAGAUCGUUGUGAAGGAGUACAACGGUAUACAUCCACGUCACUUUCCAGGCCACUUCCACGGCGCCGCCUGAAUCUAUCACAUUUCCCUCAGUUGGACCUCAGUUUCUGGAAUACGUUAGUAUUUAUUUAAAACCAUUUUCGGCCAGAGUUAUAUAAUUUUUGAAACUUUUAAGAGACUAUAUUCAUAAUGUAUGGUAUGUACAUAUGCAGUUUUACGAUUUCAGACAGUGUUUUGCAACUCAGAAAUGGAUUUUUUUUCCACAUCUAUAACAUUGGAUCAAGGCAAUUAAUUCAAAGGGACAAAAUUACUUAAAAACUGUGUGUUAAAGAUUAAAUAUC